GGGGUCAUCAUGGAGCAGUUCCUGGGGUGCACGCGUGCCUUCCUGCCCCACUGCCUGGACCUGGAGGCCCUGGGCCGUGGCCUGGAGCACCUGGCGGCCAGGGGCAGGCCUCCCGUGAUGCGGAGGCUCCCCAAAGGUCUGCAGGCCGGCCAGCCCAACCUCAUCGUCUGCAGCCACUCGGAGGUGCUGCCGGCCGCCCUGGCCGUCUACAUGCAGAGCCCGGAGCAGCCGCUGCCCACCUACGACGAGGUGCUGCUGUGCACCCCAGGUACCACCUUUGAGGAGGUGGGGCUGCUGCUUCGC